UCCCUCAUCACUCUGUUAAAAAAAAAAAAAAACAAGCUCAAGUUCUUCACUAUUUUCCAUUUUCUCUUCAUUUUGAUAGGUUUUUUCUUAACAUUCAGAGAUUGUAAAUAACCGAAUAACUCGACGGAAUUAAUAAACAGAAAAAAUGGAGCCAUUGUGUGAUUUUUGUGAGAUGGUAAGAGCAGUAGUUUAUUGCAAAUCAGAUGCAGCAAAGCUGUGUCUCCACUGCGAUGGAGUUAUACACAAUGCCAACGCCUUAUCGCGCAGGCAUCCCCGUUCGCUUCUCUGCGAUAAAUGCAAUUCACAGCCCGCGAUUCUCAGAUGCUUGAACGACAAGUUAUCUAUCUGUCAGAAUUGUGACUGGAGUAAUGCUAAUGGCUGUUUAAACUCAGGCCAUCAUCACCAGCCUUUGAGUUGUUAUACAGGCAGGCCGUCUCUGUCGGAGUUUUCGAGAAUCUGGUCGUCUGUUCUUGAGGCGCCACCUUCUGUUAAUAACGGUUAUGAUCCUGGAGGAUUGGGAUCUUUGCCUGGAAAUGAGAGUUCUAUUAUUAGUGGGGAUAAUGAGAGCAGUUUUGGUAGAGAUCAUCAUCAAUUGGGUUGGAUACCGGAUCAGAAUUGCUUAUCUAACGCUACGGAUCAACUGCCUGUUUUGUCUGAUGAAUUGAACAUGCCCAAGGGUUGCUCUGAGUUUAAGGAUCUUGGGAUUCAUGAUGAUGAUCUAUGUGGAGGUCUGAAUAUAGAUGAUGUUGCAUUGGAAUUUGAAAAUGGCGACGAGCUAUUCGGAUGUCAAAAUAGCAGAUUUCAGCAGAUAUCAGCAGAUGACUGCAUUUUACUCGAGAAGAAUUUAUCCGUUACGGAAUCCAAUUGUCCUGUUGAGAAUGCUAUAGAGGUAUCAUCAUCAGGAACUUUGCAGUCAAGUCAAGUGGUGCAUCCAAUAAACAGUGGCUUGUAUAUAAAUAGAAGCUGCAACAGAAGCAUGAAUCUUGGAUAUUCUGCUGCUACUGUACAAGUUCCUUCAGGCAUAUCUAUCUCACUGUCUAACAUUACGGGCGAAAGCAGCGCAACCGACUACCAAGACUGUGGACUAUCCCCGUUUUUAGCUAACGAAGCGCCAUGGGAGUUUCCUAUGGAUACCACCUGCCCUCAAGCGAGGGACAAGGCGAAGAUGAGAUACAACGAAAAGAAGAAAACCCGAAGGUAUCAUAAGCAAAUCAGAUAUGCGUCUCGUAAAGCCAGAGCUGAUACUAGAAAACGUGUGAAAGGCAGAUUUGUAAAAGCUGGUGAAGAAUAUGAUUAUGACCCACUUCUUGAAGACAUAUUUGACAAAUCUUUGCCCAUUAACUUUGAUGACAACUGUGAUAUUCAUAUCAACACUCAAAUUGAUAAGAUUGGAUGAUAAUGGAAUCAAUCAUGACCCGUCGUCUUCAUUGCUUCUUGUUUAAAAAAGCUGAUCACAACAUGUUCGGCAAACUGCUCUUCGAUCAAACCCCAUUUUACAAAUAUUCAUUCAAAUGGGCGGUUAAUAGUAAAUCUCUAUAUGGUAAAUAAAAUUUGUGAAAUCCAAAAAAUACAUUUAUAUGAAGAAAUCUCUUCACUUGUCAGUAUUAUUUCAUAUACUUAUAUAAGGUAUCAUCCUGCUGAUACUCAAGAAGACAUGAUUCAUUCAUUUUUUUGCUAUAUAGUGUAUUUUGUUUGCCAUGUAAUAAAAAAUUUACUUGAAUUGGAAUAAUGUACAAGUUUAUUUUUGUAAGCACAAGA